AUGAAGACCUUGAUUUUAAUUAGUACAGUUCUUGCCACGGUAUGGGCUGACCUACCACGCUAUGGAGGUUUUGGAGGAGGAUCAAACUCUGGUUUUGGAGGAGGUUCAAGCUCUGGUUUUGGAGGUUCAGGGUCGGGAAGAGGAGGUUCAGGCUCAGGAGGAUGCGGUCACGGGCAAGUGUUCCAUGCUGGUAGAUGUGUUACUCCACGCGAGAACCGCAAAGUCUACUUGUACAAUGCACCACCCGCACCUCCAGUUCCCCACGGUCCUCCACCAUACAUCCCUGACCCAACCAUUGACACGAAUAUCGUGUUCAUCCAAACACCUGAACAAGGUCCAGGACCAGAUCCUAUCGUCAUACCUCCACCACAGACGCGAAGCGUUGUCUAUGUUCUUAACAAACAGACACAAGAGCAACAGGAUGUGAUCGAAGUCCCAGCACCUCCAGCAACCAGUCCUGAAGUUUACUUCGUGAACUACGCUGAUGGCGAGAACCCAGUUCUUCCAAGCGGCGUUGAUCUUCAAAGCGCCUUGAAUGCAGCUUCCCAAGGGGGCGGUCAAGUGAUUGGAGGAGGCGCCGGAGGCAGUGGUGGCAGCUUCAGGGGUAAUGGAGGAAGCGGUGGUUUCGUAAGCAGCGGAGGAGUUAGUGGUGGGUUUGGAGGCAGUGGAGUUGGAAGUGGAUUUGGAGGCAAUAGAGGAAACGGUGGAUUUGGAGGCGGUGUUUUCAGCGGAGGAUUCGGAGGCGGUGGGGAUAGUGGGGAAAUCAUCGUGAGUGGAGGUAACGGAGGGUCCAGCAGUGGAGGCUCCCUUUCGAGUCGUUACUCUACACCAUAA